GCCUUUCCCCCAUGGUCCCCCUGGCGGAUGUCACAUCAAAACCUCUAUUAUCCAUGCCUACUGCCCAAAAGGUUGCCGACCUCUGAUUCUCUGCAUCUAGAUCUCAUGUUUUCUGGGUUAUCCUGAUGACUUUGGCUUAACCGCCCAAUGCUGGCACACAAGUCUGCAAGGAUUCGACAACUGUCAGGCGGGCUUUAUGUUGAGGAGCCGCCUCUUCAGCGGAUCGGUCUUCAGCCUCGUUUCCGCGUCGAAACCAUCAGUCAACAAGACAAGGCCUUUGCCGAAUCUGUCCUCAAGAAAGAAGCAUCGGCUGCCAGAGGGUCUCAGCCUCUCCUUCGAAGAGUAAAAUCAAAGUUGAGCCGGCCGGAUAAGGCUGUGACUUCGAAUGCGCUAUAUAAUCAUGUUCAGGCAAACGGUUCCGCCGAAGUUGCCCAGAUUUACGUUGACAGACUGUUCCUCGAUGCCGCACAGUCGAAUCUACAACUACUGUUUCCAGAUGUUCUACUUGUCACUGCUGUGAAGAAUGCAAACACCAAUCUUGUCCGACUCCUUGCUCCUUUCACCGCGAUUGAGGGAGUCAAUGCAGUUCUUGAAUAUGCCGUCCUCAGUCAGAACCUGCAUGUCGUCGCAGCUUUGUUGGAGUAUGGCGCGGAUCCGAACUGUUUGAAUCACGCCUGUUUACUUCGACUGGCUGAAACCGACCUUCAACUUCUUCAGCUCAUCCUUCGCGCUCCGAGGCAGCUAUGGUACGAGACUUUCUGCAAUCUGUGUGCCGCUGCUAUCCGAAAUGGACUGUCAAAUGCUGUCAACGUCAUCCUUCGCAGCAUCGCUGACUAUCCAAUAUUCCGCGACUCGGCUCCUCCGUGGAAUCGAGACAGUCUUCUCGGUGCAGCAAUCUGUUGCCCUGACAAGAGUAUGUUUUUCUGUAUUGCCACGGCUACGUCUGCAUGGCCCUUGAAGGAUAAUCGCCUGUUUUUGCAUGUGUUGGACUCUACGGCGACAGAUCGCUUGCAGGCUAAAGACAUGGUGGAGGUUUUACUCUGCCUGAGUGGUAUGUCGCCAACAUUUCACUCGAGUCCAGAGAUUGAAUCCUUUUACUGCCGGUGUGUACAAGAACAACUUGAGGAUAUACUACGGCUCAUGGGAUCCUACGGCGUUCCUGUCCCGGCGGAGACUCUUCUUCUCGCAUGUCAAAAUCAUGACGAAAAGGUCCUCGACGUCCUCCUUGCCGGUCCUAUUCAAGGAGAAGAGCGGGUGGUUGCUCGCACCUUGCACUUACGGGGCACAAUACAAAGGGAUAUGCGUCAGAAGAUCCUCAGGCGUCUCCUUGCGAGGGGAGCUAAUGGGGUGUGGAAGCAUAAGGAACUCGUCACGGCGGUUUCGCUUCAGCAAGUCCAAUGGGUCGAAUCACUCAUCAACGCAAAUGCUUCAGUGGACUACCACAAUGGCGCCGCCCUUCUCAAAGCUGUUUCAUUGGGGCACGUUCUCAUUGUUCAAAGACUUCUAUCUCGUCCUGUAUCUCUCGAGAGCUUGCAAGCUGCCUUUCCAAGCAUCAGUCAACUCGAAACUUUGCCCCGACGACUGCUCACGAAGCUUUUUAUCAGUCGAGGACUCUCCGGUAAAUGUCUCGAUGAUGCUCUGAAUAGGGAACUUUGCAACUAUUCAUACCACAGAGAUCCUGAGUUAGUCGACAUAUUGAUCACGUCGGGCGCUUGCUGUAAUGAUGUUUCCCUCACAGUCAUCUUUGAACACAAAGAUGCCCCGAUCUUCGACAAAAUAGGCCUCUCCAAAACAGUCCUCCAUGAAUCUGUUACGGGAUGGUUCAAAAGCUGGCACCGCGUGCUCCUCCUUCACAUUGAACGGAAAGACGAAUAUUCGCUCGCGGCCUCUUCGUGCCUCAAGUUAGUGUUCAACAAACUAGACGUGGCCGAAACCCUCUGUGAUGCUCAUGAAGGCAAUCGACGACUUGAAUGCUUUCACCAGUUUCUGGAACAUGGUGCAGUGGACGUAGAUCUACUAUCAGCAUGGCUGAAUUGGGCACAGCAAAUGGACAGCAACACAUUAACCGAGAUUGUGCUAACAGCAGCUUGUUUCUGCGAUCUCAGUAGACUCUAUUUGAUCGUACGAUCCAAGCCACUGACCAGUCCGUCCCCCAUACCUUUGGCAAACUACAUCGGAAAGCUUGAGCGGGAUUCUCAAUCGAAGACAACAGAUAUGUUCUCAUCCGUCCAACUACCCCCACUUCCGCAGGACGCCCUCAAGUUCUCAGAUACAAGGAGCGUCGAAAACUUGAAGGUCGUCUUUCGCCAAUAUUUUCGGGAUUCCUAUGAGACUCAUCUUGCAACGAGACUCCUCCAGAGGCACCUAGAGCAUUGCAGCGAAGCCAUCAAUGAAGGUGAAAUCUGGCCGCUCCUUACCCUACAAUUUCUUCUAUCCCAGCCUAUUGAAGUUACACUGCCAGAAUUCCGCUCCUGUUUGUACAUGACCAUCGCUUCUCAGCAGUGGCUCGUUCUUGAGCUGCUUCUUGAUCGGCAACUACCCCAAGAGAUGGUUGCUAGCUUCUUCCUAGUCGACACGUCUCUACUUGCACCUCGUGCGAUCCAAGUGCUUCUUGAAUCACAAGCAAUGGCAGGGAUGGACGAUGAAUUCUUCUCUGGGCCCGUACAGCGCACUUUCAACCAUGCAUGCCAUGCACAAGACCGGGAAAUGGCUAUUCUCCUAUGCUCUAAGUCUCGCUGCAAACUUCGCCUCGGAGAUGUAUUGUUGCCUCUGCGACAAGCAAUUGAUGCCUCGGACCUCCGCUAUAUUUCCACUAUGAUCAGCGCAACAUCUUUUUCGAAUGAUGACCUUGAGAUACUUUGGAAGCAUAUUACUCAACAAUGUCAAAGCGCCAACUUCCUCGCACUUAUGGAGAUAUUGCUCAAAGCGGGCGCUGAUGGCAUUUCGAUUGGCGUCACUUUGGUGGAAGCCGUGGAAAGAGAUAAUGAGUCUCUUGUCGUGUUCAUUCUAGCACAAUGGCAACGUACACGGUGCCUGCAGUAUCGCGCAGAGUUUGACUACAGAGGACGCCAGCCAGUCAACCCAACACCAGAACUUGGAUUUGACGCCGAGUACUUUUCAGCACUUGCCCGCGCCCUUACGGUUGCUAUUCGUUUAGACCGAGCACCCCUUUGUCGGCAUCUUUGCACAGCAGGAGCUCCCCUUGUUUGUCAAGGACAAUCACUAAUUGAGCUUGCAGUGAUCCUAGGAAGCCACAGCGCCCUCGUAGAGAUGAUCACAUACUCGAAAACGUGUCCUGGCAUGGAUGGGGCUGUUAGCUUCGCUCUACUUCAGGUGGUGGUGCACCACCGGGAAAGCUGGGUGCAAGGGCUAGUACAUCAAGGUGGAUCAAUCGAAGCGUACGACUUCGAGGGCCUGAAAAUUGCGGCGGGAUUUGAUCAUCCCGGUAUGUUGGCAACGCUUCUGUCCCAUACCGGGUCACUACCUGGAUUUCACGCAGUGUGCCAAACACUUCAAGGUCGUCUUACCGCGAACGAGGGCGAUCUGGUAAGCAUUUGCGCCAUGUUCGAGCAACUCCAUGAAGUAGGCUUCCAGGACAAGGAGUGGUACAACGAAGCUCUUUUCGCACUGUUGGCAAUCCGAUCUGCCAACUCAGAUCAUGUCGGAAUCUUGAUCAACUGCGGAGCGUCUAUCGAGUACAGAAGUGGAGAAGGCAUGAUACAGCUUUGGAGACAAGGUAAUGUACGACUCUUCCCGGGCCUCAUUCGCCACUGCAACCAGCAGUCUAUAAGAACACGACUAUUCAGUGAGGCAUAUGCCGAUUAUCUGCAACAAGAACAAGAUCGUUUCAGCCUUCCAGCCACUGAUACGCUGCUUAUUCUGAGUGCCCUCCUUGACAUGGAUAUACCUCAGGACGCGCGUGAUAUGGCGCUAGAUACAAUUUCCAGGGCUUGCCACCAUAAGCUCAAGCCUGGUCCAAUCCUUCGACUGUUGCUGGAAAAAGGGGCUCGUUUCAUUAACGGGGCUGGAGUGUCACUCUAUCAGGUCUGUCGCCUCGACGAUCCCCAAAUCACCUCCCUAGUUAUCGACAGUCGUCCGCAUAUCCGAACUCGUUUACUAGCUCUCCACCGCCUCUUCUUCAACCAAGGAAUAGGAUUCUCGAGUACCGCAGGGGAAGAAGCUGGCCAAGAGCCUAAUCCAUCAGACCAGGCUUGCCUAUACAACAUCUAUUUUUCUGCGUCGACAGCGCAGAAUCUCGACUUAGACGCCUCAGAUGUUGUCAACUUGAUAGGUUCAAUGCUGAAUCCGAAGAUUGCAACUACGGGGACUAGCUUGAUGUUCACGUUUUUCUUCAUGCUAGGAGGUCUUCACUUGCUGUCGUCCCAGCCUUGUUCAGAUGGCGAUCGCACUGAUGUGGAGCAAAUGUUUGUUGCCGCCAUCAUGAACUCAGAACUCAAAGAACUAGAUGAUCGGAUCGAGUUCCUGCUCAGGGUCAUGCAGGUUGACGCCCCCUCCUUGGUGGGCCUUGCUGCAGAGCCGCCUGGCCUCGCCUUGAGAAAGAGUUCGCUGAACACGCUAUUAUUAUUAUCACUGGAGCGCAAGAAGUUUGACUUGGCCAGUACACUCAUGGAGGCUGGGGCCGACGCGAAUGCAAGAGAUGAAGAAGGUCGGUCUGCACUGUUCCUGGCGACAUUCGGGAAGUCUCUAGAUACAAUGAAGGCCUUGAUCUGGAAUGGUGCCGAAGUAGACGAUGGAAGUCUGCACAUUUCGACUUGCUGGCAGCAUCAUGAAGCAAUGCAGCUACUUCUCGAGGCAGGCCACGAACCAGGCUAUGGUUCCGAACAUUUCUUUAGAGCUACGCCGCUCGAAGCUUUCUUACGGUUCAGGGAAUCGGGAUCAGCACCUGACCUUUUCGACAUGACACUGGCGGUGCUGCUGUGCGAUGCCGAGGUCCCGAUAAGCUUCUGGACGAGCGAGCCCAAUCUAUUGUCUCUGGCUCUGAUGGGUUCAUGGCCAUAUCAGAUGUUCAACGCGCUGCUGUGUUAUCUACCUCCGGAAGUGGUUGCAUUGCCUCUUAUUCGCCGAGACCGCUUCAUGUUCUCAAUCCUCAGCCUUGUCGAAAGAGGAGAGGAAAUCGAGUUAUCCGACGUCGAGCGGGUGGAGCUAUCUACGCGUCUAGAAACAUUGGGGUUCGAGCGAACUUUUUAUGCUCUUGAGGGAGAUCAACCCGAAGACGCCAUCAACGUGCCAGAACACCUCGAUAUCCCCGAAGUGAAGGCGCGCCGUCGUGCUUGGAGAGAAAAAGACUGUGCUGUUUGUGCGGAAAAGCCUCCAGAUCGAAACGCGAUUCAUGCAGCGUUGUCCUUGUCAUGUGAGGAGAACCAUGGGUGGGAGGACGACAUUAUCUGUACCGACUGCCUACGAGGACAUCUUGAGUCGCAGAUGUUCCCACAGGGAGGCGAUAAAUUUCCCUCAGCCAAAGUCAAAUGCUGGGCUGCCAAUUGCUCAGAAACGCUCAACCACUCGGUGCUCCAAGUCCUUGCGGACCGUAAACGAUUCGCCAUCUACGACGCUGCUCUUGCUCAAAUGCUCCUCAGCGGCGGGGAAAAUAUGGCCAAAUGUGCGAAGCGCAACUGUACCGGUGCGACAUGGCUAGGAGACGAAGACAAGAACACGACCAUUUUCACCUGUGAUGUGUGCGGUGAGUUUACCUGUAUACAGUGCAAUCAGCUGUACGACAACCAUAGAGACGAGCCAUGCCCCCAGGGCGAAGAGGCAAAAGGCAUCGAAAGACGGAGGGAAGAGGAGGCGGCUACAGCAGCCCUGCUGGCAAAGGGGAAGAAGUGUCCGCAAUGCAAGCUGCCCUUCGAGAGGAUUGAAGGCUGUGAUCAUAUUGUAUGUGGCAGAGACGCGCACUCGAGCGCGAGAGGUCUUGGCUGUGGAUUUGAAUUUUGCUAUAUCUGUGGCGCCGAUUACAAUGCCAUUCGCAGGCAAGGGAAUACGGCACAUGCCAGGAGAUGUGAUCACUAUGCAUGAUUUAUGUGGCAAAGACAGACGAGACGCUGUGUGGUUUCUUAAUUGCAGAAACGCAGAGAUGAGACUUUCCAUGUUAUAAUUGUGAUAGACUAUACUAGAAGACCAUGACUGACUUGCCCUUGUAUCGUGUA